CAAGAAACCACAGCAAGAGGAAGGAAGGACAGCAACGAUGGCGCUCUCUGGGAAAGUUGUCGGCAUCCUUGCGGAGUACAAUGUGGAAGACCUGGAGUUCCACUACCCAGCGCUGCGCUUCAAGGAGGAAGGAUGUGAAGUGAAGCUGAUUGGACCAAGCAAGGACUUCAAAGCCAAAGGAAAGCAUGGCUUGCCCGUGAAAGCAAACACAGGCAUCGGCGAGAUUGAGGCCAAGGAUCUUGACUGUCUUAUUAUCCCUGGUGGCUUUGCUCCAGACUAUUGGCGGCGCCAUGACAGCUUCAAGACAUUGGUUCGUGAGGUCUGCGAGCAAGGCAAACCUGUUGGCGCCAUUUGCCAUGGCCCCUGGCUUCUCGUGUCCGCCAACGUGUGUGCCGGCAAGCGCAUGACCUGCUUCCACUCCAUCAAGGACGACAUUCAGAACGCUGGUGCCGAGUAUGUGGAGGGCCAAGAGGCGGUUGUAGACGGCAACAUUGUCACGUCCCGCACCCCAGAUGACCUCCCAGCCUUCUGCAUCGCCCUCAUCAGCCUCAUGAGCAAGUGAGGAAGCGUAAGAGCAGCGGCCAACACUGCAUGGGCGUGCGAGCGUGUGUGUGUCAGUGUGCGCGUGUGCGCUUGUGUGUGUGCGUCAGUGCACCUCCUCCUUGCACAUUUUCGUGUGUCGUUGUCGUCUACAUUAAACGAGUCAUACAUG